UGCUGCAGGCAGUCAUGAUGGGAAUAUUGGAAAAAAGAUGCUUUGAGUCAGUGUCCCGUCGCCUAGUGAGAGCUGUGGUCAUUGCCUUCCUGUUUUUCCUGUACUGUGAGGUAAUACACUAUUGUGUGGUGUUGCUGCAAUGUACUUGGCCUUCGCUGCCAGUCUCCUCUUCUCCCAGAGGUCACUCUAAGGGUCAACUGAAGGUCAUGUUCAUCGCUGACACUCAUUUGUUGGGCUUUAGAAAAGGUCAUUGGUUUGAUAAACUUAGAAGGGAAUGGCAGAUGAAACAAGCCUUCCAGACAAGUAUGGUCAUUCACAAGCCCGAUGUAGUCUUUGUACUAGGUGACUUGCUGGAUGAAGGCAAAUGGUGUGAUGAUGAUGAGUUUAACUACCACGUGUCUAGAUUCAAAUCUAUGUUUGCCGUGCCACAGGGCACAGAACUCCAUGUUGUAUCUGGAAAUCAUGAUGAAGGUUUUCACUACAUGAUCACAGACCACAAGCACUUGAGGUUUGAACGUAGCUUUGACUCCCCAUCAGUUCGCAUGUUGCGGAUAAAGAACAAUAUUUUUGUGCUUGUCAACUCAAUGGCAAUGGAAGGUGACCACUGUACUCUCUGUACAGCUGCGGAGGAUCAGUUGCAGAAAAUAGCCACAAAGCUUGCUCAGCUGCGUAACUGUGGAAAGCGAUCUUCAAGUGAUGACAGCUGUUCUGAGUUUCAAGGCAUACAAUACACAAAGCCAGUUCUUUUGCAGCACUUCCCGAUGUACAGACAAUCUGAUUCUGUGUGCAAUACUGAGGAUUCAGCACCCCCAGAAGAGAAAAACAUUCCUUUUCGACUUCGAUAUGACUGCCUUGAUCAGAGAUCCUCAAACCAAUUAUUUUCCCUGUUACAACCACGCCUUGUUGUGAGUGCUCACACCCACCAUGGCUGUUAUCUCGUCCACCCGAAUGGAGUCCCAGAGUGGUCAGUCGCUUCUUUCAGCUGGCGCAACAGGAACAAUCCUACUUUGCUACUGGCCCGCAUUGACAGCAAUCAUCAUGUCGUCUCUCAAUGUUUUAUGCCAAAGGAGAGUACAAUCAUGAACAUCUACAUCCUUGGUGGAAUUGUCUCAUUUCUCAGUCUCUUCUGGCCUUCAUCAGGACUUGGAAGAAGGAAAAAGUUCUGGUGACAUCUUUUGUACUAUUGCCUGAAGGAUGUAUGGAUGAGUAGAUAACGACGGUGGUAUGGUUUUUAAAAAGUCAAGUUCUGAAAUACCUGUAUCACAAAGGCAAAUUUACUUCCCAUUGACUCAUUUUACCUUUGUUGUAAAGCACAACGAAGCAUUUACCUUUAUCAUCUUUAUAGAGUUCUCUCAUUUCCUGUUCAUUGUACUUUACAUGACCAGGAACAACUUUGUCAGUAGAUUUACUUACUGUCUUUCACCCAGGAAAAAACCUGUGUUAAAAAGAACGUGUUUUAUUAUUUUUUGUUAUGGCUAAAUGACUUAAUAAACUGUCUUGGAUUUUUUUUUAAACCUCAUUUUGUAACAUAUUGUAUUGAUUUUAGUGUAUAUUCACAAAUCAGAGACAUUGUAUAUCUUUCCAUGGUAAUGUUUUAAAUGUGUCCUGUUUGAGGAGGAGACUGAAAACAUGCUUAAUGCUAGGAGCAUUUCUUUGCACUUUUUAUUUGAUGUUGGUUGUGCCUGAAAAGUAAUAUUGGAGGAAAAAGAGUGAAUGUAAAACUGUUUAAGUGUUUAUCAUAGUGGGCUUUCAUCCUGAUUGCAUGUUUAGUGAAAGUGUUUGGCACAGCUACCUCAGUGGCAUGUUUGAGAACAUUGCUCCUAGAACUGAAAUGUGCUAAAUAUACCUUACGUUAAGUACAAUUAUAAAUGACUCUUUGUUUGCAGUGCAUUUGUUUGAUUUUAACAAAGAAAAAAAGAUAAGAAAAUGUCCAUGUUUUAGAUGUGGUGCUAAUGCAGAAUGGCCAGAAUUAACUAGAAAGCAAAAAAGACUAACAAUGAGAUGUGUCUGAUUCUCCACUCAGGACAACCCCUGUUUAACGAAAUGAAAAGUAGAAAAUUACAGUACUUUGGUCAUAUGUACCAGAUGCCCUCAGACCAUUAUGAAGAAAAUAAUCAAAGGCAAGAUGUGGGUCAAAAAGGGCCAAAGAUGGACUGAAAACAAUGUGGUCCGAUAACAUCAAGGCAUGGACUGGCCUAAGUAUGACAGAGUGUUUAACAGCAACCAGCAACUAUAAGCAAUGGCGGCUUUUUGCGCGUCAAACUCUGAGCCAAAGAUUUUCUGGAUAAUUUUUUUGUAAACACAAACUGUAUAAUAUGAUUUUCUUCGUUUUUUUCUGCUGUGUUCUUCAAUGUGCCAGAUAAAGAUUGUCAUUGUCAUUGUCAUUGUCAUUGUGUGUUUAGUACUGUGCAAGGAAUCAGUACCAACCUAGCAUUCCGUAUCUAUCAUUAUAAUAAAGGUAUUUAAUAAAGACACUGCAGUGGA